AUGGUAUACGAAGAUAAUAGAGAUCAGUCUAAUGACCACGUAAGCAACAGCAUGUCUGAUGCGUCUGAGGCGUCCGAGUCUUCUGAGGAAGAGUUGCUCGUUAGCCGACUUAACAAAAGAAAACAGCCAGACAGCUCAUUUAUGUUUAAAGCGACCGAAAAAGCAGAGCUUAAUUACGAAAAAUUAAAAAACAACAAGCGCAUUCCGCCAUUCUACCUAAGCGUUCCGUGCCCGCAGUGCGGGGGAAAGACCAACGGGCACGGACAAAAGCAUCGGAUAGAGAGAAAGUGCAGUGUGUGUAUGCUGACCUUUCAGAUAGAAACGUGGGUUAUUCGGGUCCUCCAGUCCCGAACCCCGCUGAAGUACUUCGUUGACAGAUCCAUAGGGAGGCUGGUCGCCGACCUUGAAGAAAGAACUGCUUUCUACUCUUCUGGGGGACCUUCGAAAUCCUGCCAUGGAAACUGCAAUGGAAAGACAAAGGAAAGGACAAAGGCGGCAAAAAUGUGCAGGUAUCUUUCCGAGAGCAUAGAGAAGGCUGCAGACUCUAUACGGGAGCUGCAGGAGAUAGGGGACAGGAUAGAAAAUGAGCUGGACUUAAUUGAAAUAUUUUUGGAUAAGGACAUGGAGGAAGAAAGCCCGGCGAGCACAAAAAAAGAGGAAAGCGCCAAAAGGCCGCAUGAAAAUCAGAAGACCCACUAUUCAGGACACCGAAAGCACACAAUAUCCCCGAUUAAGAAGAGAAAACAAACAUAG